ACAAUUUGUGCGCCAUGCGCUCCCAAUAGUAUUAUCCUCUUUACUAGCCGGUGAACGAUGGAUUUUGCACGUAAGGAAACGAUCCAGGAACAAGCACCAACAAAUUCCAAAAAGCGAAACCGGAAAACUUUCGAAAAUAGUGCAGACACAAAAAAUGAACCAAAGAAACGGGUGAAACAUGAUGCGACCGAAGUGCGACGAAAAGAAAGCAAAGUGUCUGAUGAGGCAAAAAGACAUGAACCCAUAAGACCAAAAAAUAAACAGUGGAUAAAUUCCAUGAUCGCACCGAUAAUACACCACCAAACCGGUAAUCCGUCCGCAUCCUUCCUACGCCAAAACAUCCACCAUGCUAUUCUGCAGCUUCCGUUGCAACCGGACGUAAUCGAUAAGGAUAAUUUAUUAAGUCAUUUUAAAACCACACGUCCCUUUUUCGCCGCUCAUGCGAUGCCACUGCAUACUACUCCCGGGUUAGGCCCUUCGACGCCCGAUCUAAUGGUACGAGCGCUACACACCAAGGAGGCAUAUCAACGGGAGCUCUUAAGUCUGGAAAAAAAAUAUAAAAACGCUUCCAAGUCCUAUCCGCUCGAUCCCGCUGAUGGGAAGGAGGUGCAACAUUCAGUUGCCCUUAUAUACGCGACCCUGCUUGAUCGCGAUCCCGAUCCAUAUCUGCAGCCAAGCACGGGCUAUGAUUAUCACUUUACCGGCGGUACAAUGGUGGCAAUACGAAACAUCAAUGGUGCGGAUGGAUGUACCGCCACCAUAUUCAAAGCCAUCGGAGCAAGCUUGGAAAAUGUGGAAGUGCUGCGAGUCGGUGAAUCAGCACAGGAUGAAUUUCAUUGUGCUGGAGAUCUGAAGGUGCACGAGGUGCAAUCAUAUCCUAUCGAUAUAACUGGUCCGAUUCUAGAAAUGGUUCCGGACGAUGUUGGCCAGGUAAUGCUGGUUAGAAAACAAAACGUUAUGCUAAUUUUACGGCAAGCCGACGUCUCCGCGGGCGUGAAGGAAUGGUGUACUGUACAGAAAUUUUACUCCGCGAGCACGUUUGCGAGCGUUUGUUUUGUCACGAAACCGGCGGCAUCAGGUAAAACGUUUACACUCUGCACAACCGACUACCAGCGGCAACUUCAGCUGUGGAUAGUCAGUGAUGAUGAAGCAUCGUGUGAGCACAUUGUAAAGCUUCCGCCAGCAACGACAGCGACUGAUAUAAAUCUUACACAUCGCAUUGAAGAUAACUGGUCGGCGGUACGAUCCGUCGAUUGCCAUUCGCUAGUGGCGUGUCUCGACCGUAAAGUAAUUCGGUUUUUUACGUUGCAAAAAAAUGCAUCAUCGAGUUUCACUCUGGACGCAGACUCGUACCGACUUGUGUACCGUGGUGGAAAUGGUUUUGCACAGUGGAUUUCCGAUUGUGAACUUUGUUGCGCGCUAGAGGUAACACCCUCGGAAGGACUCCUUUUUAUAGCCACCUGCCACAAACUCAUUGUAGGAAGGAUAGAGACAAAAAAAGCACCGUUGAAGAAAAAAGACGCUCAAAUUUUGCUUGGAAAUGAUAAGGAUAUGAUCGAAUUAAAAGUGUUGCUCGUUUUUGCUCACAACUUGUAUCAACGUCCCGUCUUUAUUAGUCACCAGUGGGACGCGACCAUCGAUAGAGACGUGGUACAUCAUUUCGUACUCUUCAGUAGCCAUCUACCGAUGAGCUACGGUAUGGCAAGUUUUACUCGCUCUGGUCCGGUCACCACACCGGCAUAUGCUGCCCGGCACUAUCCCUACCAUCCGCCUACGUUUCACAACACUUACAAGCUAGCACAAGCGCGUGGAUUCUGUCAUUCUGCAUACGAACCGCUAAAAAAACGGUUUUACUCUUGUCAAUCCGGUGCGGUACUAAUCCGGGGAAGGACACCACGUGACAACGGAGAGGAACCCGGGUUGUACAUCCUGCUGCAGACUUCGGCUGGAGAUUUGCUACAACAACGGGUCUCGUACAAUUUCGAACGAGCUGAGAAAAUCGUUUACGAUCGAGAAGGCAUUGACGCCCAGAAGCAAACGAUGGCGAUGGUUCUGCAACACUGGCACGAGAAGUUGGUAGAACAGGCGGGCAAAAUUCCAUAUUCUGCUACCAGCUUUAAAACGAUGCAUAAAUUUCGUGACAUUUUCAACUGCCCGAUCGAAGGGAAUAACCUCAAACAGGUGCUAUUUCUACACCCAUUGAAAAAGAAAGCUUCCAAGGUAGCGACCAAAAGGGAUAGCGGGAAGAAACCCCAGACUGAGACAGACGAGGACGAAGGGCUGGGAUCUUCGACACGGGACGAUACAUCUACCUGUACAGACAAAACGCAACGCUGGGCGCAUCGGCGGCGGGAAAAAUAUGGACACCAAAAGAGCGUACCGUGGCGCCAAACGAUCGAAGAGCUGCAACAGUAUCGGGAUGUGCUCGCACCGUCAAUGCUUGCCGUGUGGGGUGUUGGACAUGAUUCUGGUAUUCUCGGAGAAAGUACGAAUCUGGGGCAAAUACCCACCCGUUUACCUCCGUUGGCGGACAUUAAUGAGCGUGUUGGAAGCUGGGUUAAUGGUACAUCGCGAGAGCAGUGCGAACUGGAAGUUUUAGUGGAGGAAAAUGAAGUGUUGGACAAAUCGAACAGUGUGCCCAACGGACAUGGGCUAGAUGCAUUAACGGACGAUCACCACAGUCAGGAUCUGUUUUCAGAACCAUGGACACGGUCACAAGCAUUCACCGCUUCUCAGUUGUUCCAGCAAGGGGAGCAACCAGAAAGAGCAAACGCUAAACCUUCGAAAAGAGCGUACUCGAAAGGGUUUUAAAAGAAGUACAACUACAAUGCAGUUAGAUUAGUUUCUGCUGAACUGUUAAUGAUGGCUGGUGGACAAAAGCAGACCUUUGCUUAUUUGCACCUGAAGUGAUGUGAAACCCUGCAUUGGCGCGAUCUCUGUUCUCAUAGCGUACACGCGUUUAAGCCAUGCCUCGCUGAGAUGAACCACAAACAGACUACUAGAUAUCAAUCAUCACAGGAAAUGAACUACUCCCCGAAACAAGUCCAAAUACAAGCUCUAUAUUGGCUAUAGGACUAUAAAACUAUAGGACAGGAUAUAGGAAACAACAGCUCUGAAGAAUUUGAAUUGAAAUACAACGGAAUCGCUCAUGCAUAACAUAGAACGUUUCGCAUGAAUAAGUUGUGUUGUCGUUUUGUUAUGGUUCUUUUCUGAUGAAAGAUUUGAAUUUAUUAUUUCAUUAUUUACCAAUAUAUAUAUAUAUAUAUA